AUGUGUUCUGUGGUCUACAGUCUCCUGCCAAUUCAAAAGCGGCAGAUUGCGCGGAUGCCCGCGUUGUUGUUUGUUUCGUUCUGCCAGCGCGUGCCUCCUCUAUCGAUUGGUGUUUUCGGCAGACCACGCACAAACAACUUUUUUCUCCAUUUAAAAUGCCCUUCGUUCGAGUCCAAUUUCAUAUUUCUUUUUUAUUUCUCCUCUCCCUCCCGUUUUAAGUUUAAAUCUGCCUUCUCAAUCGACAGUUUUCAGGCUUAUAAUCUUCGAAAUGUCAUCAGCGGAGGAGCUUGCUGCUGAAUACGAGAAGGACGGAGGACCGGUUCGUUUUCAAAAACUUUUUUAGAAAGUAAUUUAUGGGUUGUAUCUAACUUUUUCUCGUUGUCAUUCCUGAUGAGUAUUUCAUAAUAAAUUAGCUCAAGAGAAACAAUUAUUUUAACAAGUUGUUACCUUAACUUUGGAAUUUUUACAGGAAUUCUCGGCGACCGGCGGAAACAAGAGAAGCAAGGCCGAGCGCGUGGAGCACAAGCACAGCUCGCAGCCCGGCGGCGACACGCGCAAAGUCGUUCAGACGGCUAUCAACGGCGAAAACAAGCGAAAGGAGCAAGCGAAAUGA